AUGGCCCAGCUGAAGUUAAAGCCCGCCAUCUUGGUGGUUUCGGACACCGCAUCGAAGGAUCCAUCCACUGAUAGAGCCGGAGCAGUACUUUCUCAAGUCUUUGCAGCAGAGGAAGAAAGAUGGGCUGCACCCGUUAUCGAGAUUGUGUCGGAUGAGAAAGCUCAUAUCGAGCGACAGAUCCGCAAAUGGUCCGAUCCAGACGACAGUGACAUUAAUCUUAUUGUUACUGCCGGCGGGACCGGGUUCGCGGUGAGGGAUGAGACGCCAGAGGCGGUUCUGCCUCUGAUCCAUCGUCAUGCUCCGGGGCUUGUACACGGGAUGCUUGCUGCCUCUCUAGAGGUAACACCAUUUGCGAUGAUGGCACGUCCGGUCGCGGGGGUACGGUACAGGACUCUGAUACUGACCCUUCCAGGAUCACCAAAAGGCGCAAAAGAAAAUCUGGAGGCCGUCAUCAAGCUUCUUCCUCACGCUUGUAUCCAAGCGGCCGGAGCCGAUUCACGCUCAAUUCAUGAGGGAGGUGUGAAGAAGCUUGAGAAGGAAGCCAAAAUAGGACAUGAGCACAGCCAUUGCCAUCAUCCCCUUCCUAUCCACGGUUAUUCCCCUCAGCAUGAUCAUACUCAUGCUCAUACUCAUGGGCAUGGACAUGGCCAUAAUCCUCCUAAGCCUCACACAUCUAAUGACCCAACCGCGGGAGCAAGUCGACGCCACCGUACAUCUCCUUAUCCUAUGAUUUCGGUAGACGAAGCUCUUGGGUUAAUCUACGACCAUACGCCUAAACCAGAAGUGAUAGAGAUGCCUGUGGGCCCAUCACUUGUUGGCUCUAUACUUGCUGAAGAUAUCUACGCGAGUGAAGCAGUUCCGGCAUAUCGGGCGAGUAUCGUGGAUGGUUAUGCAAUUAUUGCCCCCAAAUCAGCGUCUGAAGGAACCACCAAAGGGCAGUUCCCUGUCGCUUCAGUAUCUCAUGCACAGGCUGUAUCAAUGCCUCCACCGUUGGAACCUGGAGCCAUUGCCCGCAUAACAACUGGAGCACCGUUGCCUCCCAACGCUAACGCUGUUGUCAUGGUCGAAGAUACGGUUCUCAUUUCUUCAACUCCUGAUGGCGAAGAAGAAGCAAUUGUGGAGAUAAUGGCUGAAGACAUUAAACCAGGAGAGAAUAUCCGUGAGCCCGGUAGCGAUGUUACAUUGGGUUCCAAAAUCCUUCAGAAAGGUCAACUAAUCACCGCAGUCGGAGGAGAAAUUGGUCUGCUCUCAUCAACUGGGACUCAAAAAGUCAAGAUAUUCAGAAAACCGCGAGUCGGGGUCAUGAGCACUGGAGAUGAACUUAUUGAGCAUACAGCCAACGUAACCUUGACUGGUGGGCAAAUCCGCGACUCAAAUCGCCCGUCGCUCAUCUCUUGCCUUACUGCAUGGGGAUUCCCUACUGUCGACCUAGGCAUCGCCCAUGAUACCUCCGAUGAUCUUGAACUACGUCUUCGCAACGCAUUAAGAGACGGAAUUGACAUAAUCAUAACCACAGGGGGUGUAUCAAUGGGAGAACUUGAUCUCCUCAAACCAACAAUAGAGCGCAAACUUGGUGGAACAAUCCACUUUGGCCGAGUGACCAUGAAGCCCGGCAAGCCCACAACUUUUGCAAGUAUCCCAUUCAAGCCGUCCGGCUCGACACCCACAGGCCAGUCCGAAAGGGAGACUCGCCUCAUGUUCUCUCUCCCAGGUAACCCAGCCUCCGCCCUCGUCACUUUGAAUCUCUUCGUUCUUCCAUCGCUCCAUAAAUACAUGGGCCUUGCCUCCCACUCCACAGCCCCCGCAUCGGCUGCCUCGCCUCACAGCCUUGGUUUAGGUCUUCCCCUCGUGCACGCAACACUGACGCACACUAUCCGUGGCGAUCCUAAACGGACAGAAUACCAUCGCGCAAUAGUCUUUUGUUCCGGGCAAGAUGGGCGGUUAUUAGCGACAAGCACAGGGACGAGUGGUACGGGUCAACGGAGUUCGAGAGUUGGCAGUUUGGCCGGGGCAAAUGCCUUGCUGGUCCUGGAAACAAGGGAGCGAAAUUUCGAAAAGGGUGAGAUAGUCAAGGCACUAUUGAUGAGCCAAAUAGAAGGCAUAUGA